AUGGCGGAGGGAUCAACGCGCCCGAACAGUACAAUCUACGUUGGUGGACUUGACACGACCCUUGUGACCGCUGCAACUCUCUCCGAGGCUUUCGUGCCGUUUGGUGAAAUAGUGGACAUCACUCUACCCAAGCCUGAGGCGCCGUCGUCGACAGAUCUGCAUCGUGGUUUUGGAUAUGUCGAGUUCGAAGAUGCUUCUGAUGCAAAGGAUGCCAUCGACAAUAUGGAUCAGAGCGAACUCUACGGACGGGUGAUUAAAGUGGCCAUGGCAAAACCCGACAGAAAGGAGACUGGUGAAGUUGGGCUGGGAAGCACAACUGCUAUUUGGGAACAAGAGGACUAUCUCGCGAAAUAUGGCACGGCGAACGAGGAUAGAGCUGCUGUCGAAAGUGCGAAGAAUGUGAGGCCGCCGGAUCCCAUGGACGGAUUGGAGGGUCUCGACGUUGCUGGGCCCAAGCCCGAGUGA